AAGCCGAUGCGCCGUAAAAAUUGUAAUAAAAAUAUGAAUGCGUACUGAGGUAUAAAAAGCGCUUGCCGUCAACAAACUCACGCGCAGAACGUUCUGAGACGUUCGUUGUAAACAUUUGAAAAAAUUUCUAUAACAAUAUGAAGGGCUACCUAUUGCUGGCUCUAAUCGGUAGCGCUUACGCCUACCAAGGCAACGCACCACAGCAAAACGAGAUCAAUGCAGGGCAGCCAGGGCAGCCGGGUCAACCAGGCCAACAAGCACAAAAACAUCCUCAUCACAGUCAUCAAGCGCAAAAUCAACACGCACAAGAGAUUGAGCAACAUGUUGCGCAACUUUUAGUGCAUGGUCAGCAACAGGUACCGCAUCAUCAACAUGAGCAACAAGUUGUAUCCAGUCCGCUGCAUGUGCAUCAACAUGGUAAACAUGGACAACCACAACAGCAACAUCAGCAUCAUGGUCAGCAACAUGUUCACCAAAGCCCUCAACAAGUGCACCAAAGCCAGCAACAUGUACAUCAACACGAACAACAUGUUGCGCAGCAUGCCAAACCACAACAAUAUCAACAAGUUCCAAAUGCGCCGAAGCUUACGCUAACCGGUGUUGUGAAACAUGUACCCGUACCGCAUAUGAACUUCGAAGUACCCAAUCGUGUGCAACAUAUUGUGGAUCAUGCGCACGUACACAUUCCACAAGUAUUGAAUCAUCAUAAGUUGCAUAAGAACGAAGUGCAUGCGGCAGGUGUUAGUGGCAAGGCAGUAAAAGUGCCGGUGAUACCAGCGAACGUGCAACAAAUUGUGGAACAUGUACACACACACGUGCCACAAGUAGUAAAUCAACACAUACAACAGCAAAAACAAGGUGUGGAUGUCAAUAAAGCACAACAAGCUGUGGUCGGAGUACAGGGUGUCGUUGCUGCGCGCAGCCAAUCCUCGGCAGUGCCACCACAAGUGCAACAAAUUGUCGAAAGCGUAAAUAAACACAUACCACAAAUGAUACUCUACCUAAAGCAGCAAGCGCAAAAAUUACAAGAUUUUAUAAACAAAUUUCAACAGCAACAACAACAACUAGUACAAGUUGCUGUAGUUGAGCAGCAAGUGAUGUUGCCGAAGAUACCGGCUAAAGUGCAAAAAAUCGUGCAACACGCGCAUCAACACAUUCCACUGGUCGUCAAUCAUGCGCAACAGGUACAAAAACAACAGCAACAACAAGGGAAUGUAGUGCAACAGGUGCCCGGCGUUGGCGUGUCUCCACCAGUUGCAAAGGCCAUCGAGCAAGUGCAGCAACAAGUUCCACAAGUGAUCAAUCAAGUCGUGAAACAACAGCAACAAGCUGUUGCUCAACCACCACAGGGUGUCGUAGUUGCAAGUGGCGUGCCAUACACCGUACCUCCAAAGGUGCAACAAAUUGUCAGCCAAAUACAACAACACAUUCCACAAGUGCUCAAUCAAGCACAACAAGUGCAAAAGCAGCAACCGGGAGUAGUUCAGCCGGUACAAGGUGUUGCAGUGCCACAGCAGGCUCAACAAGGCGUUCCGCAACAACAACUAGUGCCAAAUGUUGCCGGUGCCGCGGUUGGUCAGGUAACCGUUGAAGUUCAGCUGUGAUGACCGCAUUAUUACUUCGAAGAUGCCUCAAUUUUCCCCAAACACUGUUUCAUACGAUUUUGUUUAGUAAAAAAUCACUGCCUUCAUUUUUGACAUAAAUUUUUUCCUAAAAGACAUAAAGAAACAUAAAAAGAAA